AUGCCAACUGUCCUAGACCCAGAGCUUGGAGCAGCUGCAAUGCUAUGGCCACACAUUUUUGAAGCCAGUUUUGAGAUUGUGCUGUACGCUAGUCCAAAGAAGACAGCAAUGGGAAUAAACAUCAAACUCUGCAUCCUUGCUGAAUAUGACUAUUCUAAGGCACACCUGAUAGAAAAGGAAUUCUGGAUUCCAUGGCUUCAUUCUAAAAGUACUGAUGCUUGGACAUUGUUACAUUUAUGUAAGUCAGAACUCAAGUCCACUCGACUGCUAGGUGUCAGGCUACUAGCCAGUGAAAAAUCAUGGGAGUCAUACCAGUAUCGCUUUGUGGCACAAGCUGCAGAUUACCGUACUUUGAUUGGUUUAGCUCAUUCCCAGGGCAGUGAUCCCAGGUUUUUUCUUCCACAGCCAGCCUUAGUGCCUUCCAAGAAAACAGUUGCAGAAGAGCUGGCUAAUCUGCUGAUUGUUCUCUGUAAUAUCGAGGAUGAGACAUGCAUUAACACCUCCAACCCCCAACAAACUACUCUUGAGCAGAAUACAUGUAGGAAAGCCUGCAUGCUGGCUGAGCAUUAUCUUGAGACUAAGGACCCUACAGCAGAUGAGAAGGAUAUGUUCUGGUAUCUUGACAGUUCAACGCUUGAUGUUACCAUUGACAGAAAUUUGCCUAUAGCGGAAAACUUAGAACUGAUAUUUCUCCACACCAUCAAGAGACUGAUUAAUGCAAGUUUUUUUUUUUUUUCCUUAAAACCCAAAUCACAGAAGCAAGAACAAGCAGCUGUUUUUAUGAGAAAUCAUGGACUAGCCACAUUACAGAGAGUGAAUGAAAUGAAGCCUGACCAGGAAGUCGCAGCAGUCACAGCAGCUAUUCUUGGCAAUCUUGCUGCUUUCUCAGAGUCUGAGGUGCACCAGUCUGUUGUUCAUGCAGGAUGGCUUGGAGUCUUAAAAAAAUGGUCAGAGGAUGAAAAUGUCACUUUGGCACUUUUAGCCCAGCGAGCUUUGGCUAACCUUGAUAGAGACUGGUCGGCAGACGUUUUUGGUGAUGGAGUGUUUCUGCUUUAUCCUCUCUACCGUUCAAAGAAAACUGUACAUGCUGAUAUAGUCUUUAUUCAUGGCCUUCUGGGUGGUGCCAUCAAGACAUGGAGACAGCAAGACUUGCCUGUGCCUGCACCUGCUGACAGUCCAUCCCAAGUGCAUACAGCCUGCUGGCCAAAGGACUGGCUGGCUGAAGAUUGUCCACACGCUCGAAUACUUAGCCUUCAUUAUGACACAUCCUUAAGCACCUGGAGUGGCCAGGGUUCUGACAGAGACAAACGAACUUUGGAAGGUCGCAGCAAAGACAUGCUAGAGAAACUUCGUCAGGCUGGGGUGGGCUCAAGGCCCAUCAUAUGGGUUGGACAUUCCAUGGGAGGACUGCUGAUCAAGCAGAUGCUGGAACUUGCAGAAGGGGAUACUAGAUACUCAACCAUACAGACCAGCACCUGUGGACUGUUGUUCUAUGGAGUACCUCAUCAUGGACUAUCAUGGGCUGCUUUGUCAAGCCAGGCCCACUAUCUCCUGUACCCAUCUGUUGAGGUGCAGGAACUCAGCAGGGACUCUAAGAAGCUGCAGAGACUGCACAGCCAUUUCCAGAAUUUUGUGAGACGCAAGAAUAUUCCAUGCCUGAGUUUUGGUGAAACCUUGAAGACCAAGAUAAGCAAGACAUUACCCAAGAUUCUGCUGGUUUCUACUCAGUCCAGUGAUCCAGGUGUUGGCGAAUUUCAAACCAUGCCUCUCAAUCACAUCAACAUCUGUAAACCCAGCAGCCGUGAGAGUGUACUGUAUGAGCAGACUUUGGCCUUCAUUCAGCGUUGCAUGUUUUUAUCACUCAUGGACAGAAUUCGUCAGGGUGUGAUGGGAGAUACAGAAGAAACACAUGCAACAAAAGACGAUGAGAAUACAAAAAUUUCUUGACAUUUUUCUUAGGUCGGUCACAUUUGCAGAGGCUGAAAUCUCCUGACAUUUUACAAGAUAUGUAGCAUUUUGAGCAGGAUUCUAAACGUGAAUAGCACAUUGAUCCUCAGUAUCCUACAAAUGCAAAAUUACUUAUCAGGAGUAUUUUUUUUUAAUUCAAACAUUUUCUAGACAGGUCUGCAUGUUUAACAGCAUUAAGAAUUUUAAACUAUUGCUUGCGUCCACAUCACUCCCACAUUUGGAUGUACUUAUUUUUAAUAUUAAGUAAUGUACCUUUAUUCAUUGUGCUGGUUUGUUAAAAUGCCCCGACUGAAUAGGUAUUCUAUGAAUACUAUAGAACUGGUGCAUACAUUUUUUCUUCAACUUAGAAACCACAUUUGUUAAAGAUUUCUGCUCUGAUUUUCAGCAGUAUAGUUUUUUUGGUAUUGUUAUUAAAGUCGUAUUACAUUAAAAUUUUGAAAUGGUAGCAUGAAUGUUUAUUUUGAUUUUCAUCAAAAUUGCAUGGAAAUAAAUUCUAAUUUUAUUA